GACUACAAAGCAAUUGUAUAAAUCGUUUUCAGUCGUGUUGUUAAUUUAUUUAGUUCAUAAACCGCUUGGAGAAGAGGAAAUUUAUAUUAAAAUGGCAGAAGAUUUCGAUAUUGAAGCGCUCCUUGAAGCACCGUAUCGAAAAAAGGAGGAAGGAAGCGAGUCAAAUAUUAAAAAUGCUGAUAUCGAAAAUGAAUUUUCAAUAUCACGUAGUCGUAGUAAGAGUCGUGGUCAUUCACGCCCAAGAGAAAAAAACAAAUCAAAAAAACAUCAUAAAGAGAAACAUAGAAGUCGUAGUAGAUCUAGAGGAAAAAGCAAGAAGGAGCAACGAAGUAGGUCGAAAGAACGCAAAAGGGAUCGUAGUAGAUCAGUAGAAAGAGAAAAGAAGCGCGACAGACGUUCACCGUUUCGACGUGACCGAGGAGAGCGAGAUAGGGACCGUGAUAAGCGACGUCGAAGUCGCAGUCCAACUCCUACAAGAUUUCGUAAAGGCAGAACUAGGAGUCCCCCUCUUCGAUAUCGUCGUGGAAGAACACCACCAAACAGUGCAUCGUAUCGAGGACGAACGAGAUCACCACCAGAAGAAUUAUCUCCAGAGGAACGAGAUUCUCGAACUGUUUUUUGUAUGCAAUUGUCACAACGCAUACGUGCUCGCGAGCUAGAGGAGUUUUUUUCAAGUGUUGGAAAGGUACGCGACGUCCGUUUAAUUAUGUGCAACAAAACAAAGAGAUUUAAAGGUAUUGCCUACAUUGAGUUUCGUGAUCCACAAUCUGUUGCUUUGGCGCUCGGACUUAGUGGUCAAAAGUUACUUGGUAUUCCCAUUGUGGUGCAACACACUCAAGCAGAAAAAAACCGUUUGGCAAAUCCACCACCACCACCUCCUGUAAAAAAUUAUACCGGUCCAAUGCGUUUGUAUGUUGGGUCACUACAUUUCAACAUCACAGAGGAUAUGUUACGUGGGAUUUUCGAGCCUUUUGGGGAAAUUGACAAUAUCCAAUUGAUUAUGGACACAGAAACUGGUCGAAGUAAAGGGUAUGGCUUUAUAACGUAUCAUAAUGCUGACGAUGCUAAGAAAGCUCUGGAACAACUAAAUGGAUUUGAGUUAGCAGGUCGCCCUAUGAAAGUUGGAAAUGUAACAGAACGUUUAGAUAUUGAAAAAUCACAUAAUAAUUUGGAUAUUGAUGAAAUGGAUCGCAGUGGCAUUGAUUUAGGUGCAACAGGGCGUCUUCAACUUAUGUUUAAGCUCGCUGAAGGUGCUGGUUUACCCAUACCUAAAGCGGCAGCAGAUGCAUUGCUGGCAACAGCUCCUCAGAUUCCAUCAACUGUCCAAAACCAACAACCAAUAUCAGCUCCAAUUGCUACACAAUGCUUUAUGUUAGCAAACAUGUUUGACCCUGCUACGGAAAGCAACACUAACUGGGCUGAAGAGAUUCGCGACGAUGUUAUUGAGGAAUGCACAAAACACGGAGGUGUUUUACAUGUUUAUGUAGAUACUGCUGCUCCAACUGGGAAUGUUUACGUUAAAUGUCCAAGUAUUUCAACUGCGGUUUUAAGCGUAAAUUCGUUGCACGGACGGUGGUUUGCUGGACGUAUCAUUUCCGCUGGAUAUGUGUCUUUAGUAAAUUACCAUGCACUAUUUCCUGAUUCGGCAUCUGCAACUCAGUUGUUACAAACAGUUCGAUCAAGCUAAAAAAAAAAUGUGUUUUUCUUUAUAAAUAUAAAGAUAAAGGGCUGAGUGUGAACAUUUGAUAUUCAUGGAAAAAAUCAUGGCAUUUAACGAAGUAAGGCGAAUAAAUUUAAUAUAUCCAUUUUUUGUCACAAACCCCCUCCGAUUUUGUCGAAAAAAAUCAGGGGAAAAAAUAAAAAUUAAAUAUAAAAUGGAAAUAUUUUUGACAUUUUUAGGAGUUUUCUUAAUUGAAAAAUUACUGUUAACGAUAAAUGCAUACGAAAAACAAAAAAAAUUCACUUUAAAAAGACGUUUUCUAUUGAAAUGUAGAAGAAAUAUUUUUAAGGUCACAUGCCCAAAUAUAUAUAUUUUUUAAAUGUUACUUACUGUUGGAGAAUUUUGUUUGAUUUUUCUUCACUUUUUUGUUAAAAUUUUGAAAAUAAUACUAACCAAAAUUAAAUAAAUGUUAAAAAUCAACGUUUAACGUCUAAACACGUUAAAAAAUUCAAAAAUAUUUAUUUUAUUUAUUCCCUCA